CAACAGUUAUGAGCCCGGCUACGCUCUAGAACUCCCGGACCGACAAUCCCGCAGCCAACACAAGCAUUUUGGCAUCAUUGAAAGAGUGAUAGAACCGACGAACGAACCCACGAUGUCGCUACCGAACACGAACGAACGAUUCAGCGUUCAGCUGACCUCGACCAAGGACUGGCGAGGAUGGAACGACACAUUCAUCAUGAAGGCGAGGAACCUCGACCUAUGGGAUCAGCACAUCAAGCCGUCAAGCCAAAGGCUUCCUUGGCUGACAGCUCCGCAACUUCCACGGAUGAGCGACUUCGAACGAAUCCCACAUGUCCGAACUCGGAACCCCAGACGCAACGAUCAGAAUGGGGAAGAAGAAGAAUCCGCGACCCUCGAAAGGAACCAGCGACGAUCAGAUGCCAAUCAGACAAGACUCCACGAGGAGGAGAGCCGAGACAACGACGACGAAUCGGAUCAGUACUACGACCCCGAAGACGACAUCAUGCUGAGCAAUCUCACGGAGACUUGCAAAGCCGAUUACCACGCUGCGAUGUCUCGAUACAAGACCCAGAAAGACGCCUACCAGAUCCAAGCCAAAUCCGUCCUCACCCUCUCCAACUGGGUUUAUGACACGGUGGCACCCCAUCUUCGAAAGACGUGUUGUCGUCCACAGAAGACUCUCGUCGAGUGGUACGCAGCACUUAAACGACAAGUCGGAUCGACAUCGGGCGAGGAAGACGAAGAAGCUCGCGACAAAUACCGACAAGCGGUCAAACCACUUAUCCGACACCCGAAGGACAUGCGCGCUUGGUUGACGGCAUGGGAAGAAGCAUUCAUCGAAGCGGUCGAGAUGGACGUUCCAGAUACGUUCAAGUCAGUCCACUGGUGGAGAGACUUCACCAGAGCCGUCAGUGGCAUUGGAUACGAGGCCUGGUGCCAGUCGUACCAGAUCCAGAAUCAACACCGCAUCUCCGAAAACCGUCUCUCGUAUCGAGACGUGUCAAAUGCAUUCGCCUACAUGCUGGCAGGAAAGACGACCGCUGCAGCACAUGCGAGGAAGCCUAUAAGAGGCGGUUUUGCGACAUAUGCAGGUCUUUCCACCGACCAUACCGACGUCGACACCGAUGCGGACGAACCGAAGGAACAGCCGCAACGCCGUGCCCGCCGUCAAACUCCCCCAAGGGGCACGAGCAAGAGACGGAGUUCCGACAGCUCAAGGAAGGGUUGCAAGGCAUGCGGCCAGGAGAGUCACUCCCUGUCCAAAUGCUUCUAUGUAUUCCCUCACUUGGCUUUCGAAGGAUUUAGGGUCAAUCAGCGGACCAAGAGUGCCGUUGAUGAAGCUCUCAAAACCGACUCGAGUCUCAAAGAAGAGGUCGAGGGGAUCAAGAAGAAACCAAGGAAGGCCCAUUUCGAGGAGAAGAAGACGAAGGAGGAGGAUACUGUCACAGAACAGUUGGAUUGA